CGACUAUCAGUCUAGAGCUCACCGCCUGACUGAGGAGGUGAAAGUUGCGCCACAGGAAGAUAAACCGCAAAAGACAAUAUUGCAUGUAUACACGAUUUUGCGUGUGCAUCGGAUGAGCGGUAUAGGGGAAUUCCUCGCGUCUUAAAAAGUAAACAGAAAUUCGGUGGAUUUGAGUUUGCUCAGUGUAGAGGUCCAACAGAUACAGAGAGGGGGAGGAAGAAUAUCUGUGCGUGGUUUUUUGAUUUCUGCUCUCAGUCGUCUCAGCGAGUCUAGACUGAAGAUGCUCUUGGACGCAGGACCGCAGUAUCCCACCAUAGGAGUCACUACUUUCGGCUCCUCACGGCAUCACUCAACAGGCGAAGUCACAGAGAGAGAAGUGGCGUUGGGGAUAAAUCCGUUCGCGGAUGGGAUGGGCGCCUUCAAAAUAAACCACAGCUCCCACGAUAUUGGCUCCGGACAGACGGCGUUUUCCUCCCAGGCGCCCGGCUACGCAGCAGCUGCCUUGGGACACCAUCACCACCCGACUCACGUUGGCUCUUACUCCACGGCGGCUUUCAACUCCACCAGGGACUUUCUCUUCAGAAAUCGGGGUUUUGGGGAUGCCACCGGGGCGCAGCACAGUCUGUUCGCCUCCGGAAGUUUCGCAGGGCCACAUGGACACUCAGAUGCAGCGGGGCACCUGCUCUUCCCAGGGCUCCACGAGCAAGCAGCAAGCCAUGCAUCUUCCAACGUGGUCAACAGCCAGAUGCGGCUGGGCUUCUCGGGGGACAUGUACGGACGGGCCGACCAGUAUGGCCACGUUACGAGCCCAAGGUCUGACCACUAUGCUUCAACCCAGUUGCACGGCUAUGGCCCCAUGAACAUGAAUAUGGCCGCACACCACGGAGCAGGGGCCUUCUUUCGAUACAUGAGGCAGCCGAUCAAACAAGAGCUUAUCUGCAAGUGGAUCGAACCGGAGCAACUAACGAAUCCCAAAAAGUCGUGCAACAAAACUUUUAGCACGAUGCACGAGCUUGUGACCCAUCUAACGGUGGAGCAUGUGGGGGGACCAGAGCAGACGAACCACAUUUGCUUCUGGGAGGACUGCGCCAGAGAAGGAAAGCCAUUCAAAGCCAAAUACAAACUUGUAAAUCAUAUCAGAGUACACACCGGUGAAAAACCCUUUCCGUGUCCGUUCCCCGGCUGUGGCAAAGUAUUUGCUCGAUCGGAAAAUCUAAAAAUUCACAAAAGGACUCACACCGGUGAGAAGCCUUUUAAGUGUGAGUUUGAAGGCUGCGACAGGCGGUUCGCAAACAGCAGUGACCGCAAGAAACACAUGCACGUCCACACAUCGGACAAGCCCUAUCUCUGCAAAAUGUGCGACAAGUCAUACACACACCCCAGCUCCCUCCGAAAACACAUGAAGGUCCACGAAUCCACUAAUCCGGCACCGCAGCCAUCUCCAGCGGCCAGUUCAGGGUACGAGUCCUCCACACCUCCCACCAUAGUAUCACCGUCCACAGAGAACCAGAGCAGCAGCUCCAUAUCACCAGCAGCCUCAGCAGUACACCACACAACCAGCCACAGCACGCUGUCGUCAAAUUUCAAUGAAUGUGCUGUAGUUGGACACAGAGCUCCAUCGGAUGGUGAUAGAUGUGGAAUCCAGCACAAACAGUUUGAACCAGUCAGACCAUGAUUGAUCAGUACCCUCUGGGAUGUCAGGUGGAUCUUUCUCCUUCAACCAGAAGAUAAAAGCCUUAACGACUCUCUAGUCUUGUUGUACCUCCCAAUUGUGUGUUUGUGUGUGUGUCUCUCUGUGUGUCAGUGUUUUAUUAUUUCGCAGUGUUUGACCUUGAAGGUUCUGUGUGCAUUUGGGCUGUGAUGUCUCAAUGAUUUCUCUUUUAAGUGCCAAAAUGCUCCUUUUAUGUGCUUUUGAUGCUGCUAUACACACACUACAUAAAUGCCCCAUGAAGGAGGUCAUUUGCAUGAAAAUUUAGUUGAUUUAUGACUGGAUUCUAUAGCAUUUUCUAUAAUCACCCUGCACAUUUUUGCAGGGGCUUAGUAGUGGCCGUAGUGAUGCCACAGUACAGUGCUGU